AUGAACCAGGGUAUGAAGCCUGAGUUUCUGUUCCUUGCUGAUCUCCAUGUUUACAUUCUGUCCUUCCUUCCUUACCAAGAUAUCCUUCAAUGUACAUCCGUAUGUAGAGACCUUCGCCAGACGUACCUGUCAUCUUCUGAGCUCCAAUAUAUUGUUGAACUCAGUGGUCAACAACUACUUCCUGUUGAUCUCCCUCUCGAUAGCCACACUCCUACUAUCUCAGAGUGUCUACAACUCCUGAGGGACAAAGCUCAUGCAUGGUUCCAGUUGAACACUCAACCUGUCGAACACAUUGAUGUCUCAAACAAGUACAUUAUGUUACAAGUAACAUCGGUCACGUGGCCCCCCUAUCAUUUUCCCUUCAUCCUCGCCCUCACCAUCUACCGGCUCGUCCUCCUUUACCGACUUUCCGUUGACCGGAUCCUCGGGACCGUUCCCGACCCUCGCCUCACCCGCCUCUAUGCACGUGCACGCACGUUCCUCCUCUGA